AUGAAAAGAUCACAAUCCAUCAAUACAGUUCUCUCGUUUGAUCAACUCAACGAGCAAUUGAAAAACGAAAUUAAAUACAUUGAGGAUUUCCUUUCACUAGCUGAAAAAUGUAAAGAUCUACGACCCAUUCUUCCUAUUCAUGCUACUUUUUAUAGAAAUCAAUCUCGGGUUCCUUCGUUUUGGAUUCAAACGGAAGAAGAACGAUAUCGGAAAAAACUUGAAAUUUCAUCAAACCCCCAAUCCAACCUCAAUAAUGGAUCCUCUUCAGCAGCAAUCCCGAACCCAAAUUUAUCAUCAUCUCCACCUUCAACUGAGAAUAAGUCUCAUCCAUCGUCCCCUCAAGCAACAGCGAAUUCUCCAUCUUCUCCUUCAAUGAUGGUCAUGAAUAAUAAUUUAUUUAUGAAUAAUAACAGUCAUAGUAACAGCACUACUCACAAUAAUAGUAGCAUCAAUACAUCCAGUCAACCACAUGGAAAUUCAUUGCAUGCUCCACACUCACGGAGCGUGUCUGCUUCUAAAAACUCUGUAUGGAAAUUACGUCAUCAACAAUAUCACAAUAGAUUCAUGUCGGAAGCGUCUGAUGUCAGUGGUGACCCAAGUUUAACAUCAUAUGUUGGACUUAAUUCUAACUUUUCUCCGAAUGUAUCAGUAACCAGCAUGCACUACACUCAAUUUAUUCCCAAUUUUGAAAUUGUGGACAAGCAGCGAUUAUACGAAUCAAAAUUGGCUCAAGAUGUAGAUGUAAUUGAAUUGGAUGAAAAUUGGUCACUGUAUAGAGAUAUUAAAAUUUUAAAUGAUCAACUGGAUUCCAUAACCGGGAAAUUCAAUACAGAUGAAGAUAAAGAAAUACCAUCUUCAAAUAUUGAAGAAUUUGAAAAUGCUCUCGUUGCAGAAAUGACAAAGAGAUUAGAAAUUGCGCAAGUACUCAGAGACCAUCAACAAUAUUCAGAAGCGUAUGCACACUUGUGUUGUGUGGAGCAGCUUGCAAUCAACAAUCAGCAUUGCAAAUUCGUUCCUAAAAUCGACCUUUUACAUGCCAAAGCUCUUUUUUUGAAAUCGUUACUCUUAAGGCAGAAAAAGAAGAAUGAUGAUGCCAACGAUUUUUUGCAAUCAGCUCAAGAAAAAACCGAUGCACUUCUUAAGGCUAUAGCUCCUUCAGAAUAUAUUUGUAACAACUCUCCUUCAUUUAUUGUACUGUCCACUAGGAUUUUACAUGCAGAAAUUUUACUUUGCUUGGCAGAAGAAAUGAUGAGCUCCUCUGCAAUGGCAGAAUUCACAAAGCCCACAUAUUCCAACUGUGAAAUGACCGUGAACGAGAAAAAGUAUUUCUGCAAAGUGCUUUCCACAUUUUUAGUUCCUGCUCUUGACGAUUUGAGGACUUUGACUUCAACAAGAGCUCUCUCAGUUCUCAACGUACAUGUAUUUCUGAUCAUUAUUUAUAAUUUAGCACUUUGUAUGCGUGCUCUCAAUGAAAUCUCGCUAGCCAAACGUCUCUUGCACUUGAAAAAGAGGCUCAGGUCAGAACAGUUCCUUCUCUCCAGCAGUGAGGCGCUCCCUGUCAUGGAAGACGAAGAGAAUGGAGGAGAUGAUUUUGAACGAGAUCAGCUCGAAACAGAAACUAUGGACAAAAUGGAAAAGCUGUUGAAAGAGAUUGAUCAGAUGGAAAAAACUAACAAUGAGGAAAAACCAAAACAGCAUAGUUGGGAAGAAGAUAGUGACGACACAAGCAGUGGAAGUGAUUGGGGAAACGAUUUCAAUUUCGAUGAUGCUCCUAAAUCGUCUUUGGCAGGCUUUUUAUUUGGAGAGGAGAAGGAGGACACCGAUUCUGCCAACGAAGACGUUUUUGAAGAAGAACUCUUUCCAAACAAAUACAGGUUGUUUAAAUCACGAACAUACAAGGAAGACUCCAUGUUACCUGAGCUUGUGCUGAGCAAGAAUUUAAUUAACGGAAAACCUGGUUUUAAUGACAAGAGGGAGAUGUUGAUGUGGUGUCAGUCACUAAAACCCAAGAAACUAAAAGAUCAGACAGUGAUUGAUUCUUGCACUCGAGACGACUAUGCUAACUUUUUACUGGGAAGACUCGAAAAGCGAGUUCAAAAAUAUGAUUUUUCAAUGGAAUUUAUUGAAAACUUUUAUGAAAUUUGCUAUAGAUUAAUUAACCUUGGAAAACAGCCAUUGACGACAAAGAGUAUAUUAACAAAAUUCUUUGAAAACCUUUCAACCGACAUUAUCAACAAAAUGGCACCCAAUGAGAGAGCUUAUGUUUUUCAUGUUAGUAUCGACUUAUUGAAGGCUGCCCACGCAACAAAACUAUUCAAUCUUGAAGAGCCCACUCAAAGCCAGGAAUUUACUGAUUUAAUUUCAUUACUUUUCCAUCAUUUUCCUCAUCAGCGAGCCAUUCUUAUCGUUCUACAAUGUGAAAUUCAAAUUAAGUACCACAUAUCACAAUUACUUAAUGGGAUUUUGCCUGAAUAUGAAAGUAUUGGAGAGGUUUUCACCACAAUGGCAAUGAUUUUUAACGAAGUAUUUGACAUUACUGAAGAAGCUAUGGAAAAAAACGAUUUGUUCUAUCAACAAGUUGAUACAAAGCUCAAGGAUGAACCAUUGGUUACUGGAAUUACUUCGACAGCUUCUAAUAGUUUCAAUUCUCCCUAUUUCUCGUUUCCAACUCCAUCUGAGAUUGGAGCCAAGAUUGUCAUAUAUUUGGAAAUGUAUGAUUUGUCAUUGAGAAGACAUGCAGGCUCAGAGACUUGGAUACCCCACUUUAGACAUCCAUUGUUGAAUUCGCAAGAACGAAUAGCUAUCAUGUUUAGCAAGUUUUAUAACAGAAUGUGUAUCUCAAAAGAAAAGGCUGUCGUUGCUUACACUCUAGGAUCAUGUUGGAUGCAAAAAGACGACAUGGAUUUAUCAAAACUGGCCGAGUGUGUUCUCUUUGAGAGCGUUUACGUGUUUCAAAAGUCUCCUCCUCUCUGUAGUGCACUUCCUACGAUAAUAACAGCCGAUGCUUUGAGAGCAAUGCAAAAAUUUGGUGACGUGCUUUAUGCAAACAGAAAGUAUCCUUACGCAGCAAUUAUUUUUGAAAUUUAUACUCAAAAUUACAGACUGUUGGCCUCUGAAUUUGACUACAAGUUCAUAGACGAGUUGGCUGCCAUGGCUGUUAAAAACGAUGACUGGAACAGAUCCAUUCGUUAUUAUACCAUCCUAAACGAAAAAGCAUGUCGCGAUAAGAGAGUUGCUGUUAUUGCAAACAUCUCAUCUAAACUGUCCUCACUGUUUAUGGAAAAGGGUGAACUCAGAAAUGCAGAACGAGUGAAACGUGAUGCUCUCGAAACGAUCAAAUCACUUUCUUCAUCGACAGAAUUCAAAUUAGAGCUAGAAGUCGAUUAUGCUAAACUAUUGCUGAAUGGUGGAAAUUUAGAGAGAUGUAUCAGCAUUUGUUUUAACUUAAUGCAAAGCUUCAUUAACAUCAAGAACCCAGAAUUGUAUAUAACAAUUGCUGAAGCUUACCUUAAGAAAAGAUGGUACAAAGAGUGCGACAAAGUGUUGCGAGAAUUGGCUCUAAUAAUGGAGAGCAAUUUUAUGCAACUGCAACAGCAACAGGAAAUGCGAAUAUUGGAAAUCGUCAUCAAAUACUAUCGAAAACGGUCUUUGUUUGGAAAUGCAAUUGAGAGUGUAAAUAUGGCACUGUAUCGAUGCAACAGAACCUUCUCAACCUUGGCCCAACUAUUCAAACUAAAAGCUAAAAUAUUUAUGGGUGUUGCAAGAUGGUGUAAUCCAGUUAACUUCCCUAAUGAACUUGCUCCAAAGGACAAAGAACGAUUACCCAUUCUUGUACAAAUACAGAAAUCUGAGGUUUUAAGAGAUGCUCCAAACGAAAGCUAUCUUUAUUCAAAGAGACCAAUUUACAAUUUGAAGGAUGUAAUUGUGGAUGCUAUAGAUUGUCUUCAAAAAGCUAAGAAAUAUUAUGAGGCAUGCUCCAACGAAAUUAAUUUAGCAAAAAUGGAUUUAUUAAUUUCACAAGUACUUGUAGAAUAUUUGUUUUUGCCUGUGGCAGUCAUGUCAAAGAGACCUGAAGACUAUGUCUAUCUCGAUACCAAAGAUUCCAUCUCAAAAUUUAAUUAUAUUGACUUGAAUAAGGUAUUUGAUGAUUACAUUGAACCAACGUUAAACGUUGCUGUGACAGCAUCCGAUAUUUUCUUGUGUAUGGAUGUGGCAUUGACCGCUGCUGAAUGUAGGUUGUUACAAGGAAGAACCCAAAGCGCCAAGAAAUACUGGUGUGAAAUGAGAGAUAUUUUAUUUACGCUCUUUGUGGACAAUAAUCUGCAAGUUGUGGUAGCCAGCGGAGCCACACCAUCGACUGUUGAAAAGUUGCUGAAUUUGAUCAAUAGGUGUGCUCGGCUGUUGUUGUCAUUCGAACCAACUUUUAUUAAUUCUAAUAUUGGAGUUUUUGAUACCUUGUACAUUAUCACAUUAGAAUACGAUCAAGUGUUAAAGAGAACUCAAGAACCGACUUCACUUUCAGUUGAUCAAAUAGACUCCAAAGCUACUAAGAUUUCUUCGUUCAUAGACACGGAACUACUUGACAAAAACAAGCCUUUUGAAGGACUCUAUAAGGUCAACGCUCCUUCUUCUGCAAUGCCAGUAUCUUUGAAAAGUUUUUCUUUUUCCUCCAUGUUGAGAUCUCCUACAUCUCCGUUCAAGUCAGUCAUUGAAAAUAACAUUCUUCAAAACGAGAUGAAAGAAGACUCUCAGCGUUCUCAGCUUAGACACAAAGUCAUAGAAAGACUGUUUUAUUGCUUGUUGAGCAUGAAGUACGAUCGACGCAAAUACCCUGGUGAAAUUGAUGGACAACUCAGAUUUAAGAAUCAGCAGUCGAUGAGAAGACUGUACAAUCUUAUGAAUGCUGUUAGAGAGAGCAAAUUGUCUGGUCACAAACGAAAAUCAUUCUACAACAGUUUAUCCAAUGAUAGCACAAAGACCACCAACUCUAGUAUUGACUUUUUGGAUGCAACGAAUUUAACUCUUCUCCCUGGAGACAAGCUUGUGGUAGAGUCGUUACUGUCAACCUUCAACGAGACAAAAGGUAUCAUGAUUUCAGGAACCUUAAAAACUACAAUGAAUCUUCAACUAGAAGGCAAUUUACAAAAACAAGCAUCUCUCGCUCCCUGUCUCACACCUUUGAAACAAGCGCUCAAGAAAAUCAAGAAGAGUAAGGCCUUAGAGCGAUUAGUUCUUUUACUUCAUUUGGAUAAUAUUAUUUGUUGUUACAUUCCUAACACAUUACAAAAAUCAUUUGUACAAUUUGGAGGAAGACAAAUGCUAGAUUCCAUGAGUGAAUCAACUAGUACAAGCCAAAUUCAUCAAGUGGACAGUACCGUUCUCUCUUGGUCUAAAAUGUUGGGAUCUCUUUCGAAUACCAUCAUGUCAAAAGCUCAAGAUCCAGCAGCAUCUGAAUACAACAUCAAUCAAUACAUUAAGGAUCUUAUCAUCGAAAGCAUGAGAGACAAGAAAGAUAGAAUUAUGAACAAAGCAAAUCUAUCACUAUUGAGACAACACUUUUCUAUGUUUAGAGAGGCCUUCAAGUACAAACCAGAUCCCGUAGCAUUUUCAGAAAAUGUAGAGCUCAUGAAAAAAUUGGGACUUGUUAAUUUUAACUAUGCAUCCAGCAUUAAUCAGAAAACAGGUACAUUUACAAAGAAAAAGACGAUGGGAAUGCCCCGACCAGAAAUUUUACCUCUUCCCUCUACACCUAUUUCAUUACUGGUGCCAAACUCACUUCAAGCAAUUCCAUGGGAGCUUUUAUUUGAAGAAAAUGUGUUGAGAUACUUUUCCAUGCAUAAUAUUUUCACACGUAACAAAAAGAAAGCAGCAACAGAGAUUGGAGGAUUUAUUCCCAAAGUCAAAAGAUAUCCCAAGUUCUUUAGUUUUUAUUCGAAUGAUGAUCCAAAGUUUAUUGAGCCCAUGGAGGACGACCGAAAAAAUUUUAUUGCACAACAUGUAGUCAGUGAAAAGCUUCAUCUGAAAGCAACAUCAGAGGCAAGAGAAAAUGAAGACGUUCGCAUGAACAUUCCAUUCCACAUUCCUAUUGUGAAAUAUGGAAAAAAGCCUUCAAGCAAAUCAUACAAGAAGAAGUAUGAACCUGUUGAGUUUUUGAGAUUGUCCAAAGUUCUUUCGGACACACCACGAUUUGUUCGAAUCGUUGAAAGCAAACUACAAGACGAUCAAUAUCCUGUUUUUCUAUUUUCUUGGGCAGAUCUUGUAGACUUGUGUCCUCUUCAUUUGUAUAUUUCACAUCACGUACAAGGUGCAAUGAUGAUAUUUGUGCCGGAUGGAUGCUAUCGAAAAUUUACUGAAUUUUUAAUGGUUCUCUAUGAAUUUUAUUGGAGUGGCAUGAAUGCAAUGGCUGAGUCUCCACAAAAUAAGGAGCCAACAACAUCAUCGGUUCUAGAGGUGAAUAGCUCUUCUGCUGCUACAGGAACUUCAACCACCAUGAAUGAGGAGUACAAAUUGAGGAAGUUUUUACUGCUCUGUGCUUCUGUACUGAAAAACGAAAAAGAAUACUCCAUGCCAUUUGUCAUGCUACCUUAG